UCGGCCUCGGGCUACUAUUCUAUUCGCGCGCACCGAUGUCGUUCAAUCAAAACAUCAUAAUAUACCUAAAUAUAUAAAUAACGACCCUAUACAUUAGUGUCCGUCCACGAGCGCGUGUGUGCGGGCCGGAAUACGCGAGUGACGCUCGUUGGGUGAGUGUACAGUCACGUCGUCAUUAUGGCCGGGCUGGGCGACACGUCGGGUGAUAUACAGCCGAUGGCCGAUCACGCCAAGGACAUACUGCAGAUGACCCGCGACUCGGAGAUGAUGCAAAGCUACGUUCGUGUGGGCAAGCCCGACGAGUCAGACGACUGUAUAGGUGGAAGUAGCGAAGCAAAUGGCGUUUGUGGAGGUGGAGUCGGAGGUGGCUUUGGCCGAGGCGAAUCGGAUUCCGAUGAUCUAGCCGGAAACCCAGGUUAUACGGUCGGCAUCGGUGCGGGCGUGGGUGACGAUCUCGGGGGUUCGGGCAUCGGACGAGUGGGCCGAAAGGGCUGCAGGACGGUAGCGAGCCGGCGUCACGGGAGGCGUAAGGUAGGUGGUGGCGGUGGCAGUGGUGGUGGCGGAGGUGGCGGUUCUUUUGGGGGUGGUGGUGGUGGUGCGACCACGACGUUUGAUGAAUUAACUGAAGAGUUUAAGACGCGCAAAUCGGGCACCGGCAGUGGAGGAGGCGUUGGUAUUGGUCUAGGUGGAGGUGGUGGUUUUGGUGGCGGCUGGGCUAAACGACACAAACGCGACUCCCGGUCCAGGCUGCUCGAAGAGGUGUACACGGACAAGGACCGGGCAGCUGCCGUCAACCUGGGCACGCGGGACAUCAAAGCGUCUUUGCGUAUGAAACGACGACAGGAUCGGAACCGGACGCUGCACAUACCAUCAACGGCUGAGUCACCCACCCUGUUGGCGCUGGCUCGGCACUGCAUUAACGAUGUGAACGUGUCGCUCGAAUUCAUCGAUAAGGCAUUGGAGUUGAGCCCCAAUGACAAAACGGCUUUAGUUUCUAGAAGCAAAUGUUAUUUGCUUCUCGGCCAACCACGUUUGGCAUUGAAAGAUGCUGAAGUGGCAUUGAAUGAAGACAGUACAUAUCUAAAAGCCAUUUAUCAGAAAGCGGAAGCACUAUACCAUCUUGGCGAUUUUGAACACAGUCUCGUAUUUUAUCACAGAGGACUCCACGUUCGACCGGAACUCGAAAAAUUUAGGCUGGGCGUGCAAAAAGCUAGAGAAGCCAUUGAAAACGCUAUUGGAAAAAUGAAGAAUACCGCUAUCGUGAUACAGCAAGUUGGUUGGGAAGACAAACGUCAAGCGACCGUAGCCAGAACAGUAAACGGAGGCGAUGGUGGCAUAGGUGGUAGCAGAGGAUCGACACCGACUGUAACAGGAUCGACAACGAGACGCAAGCAAACAGUCACCGCUAAAAGCCAAUCGAAAAUGCUGCUCAGGGAAUUAUGCGUAGACAAAGAAUAUCUGGAACACUUGACAAUAGAUCCAAAUAUUAUGAGUGCAAUUCAAGAAAACGAUAACUAUAUACUCUCCGAAGCGAAAGAUGGCAUUAGUUUUUUGAAUGGCCGAGAAGAAUUUUGGAAACAACAGAAACUUAUUAAUUAGUUAUUGUGAAACCUAUAGA